AUGACUGCAUUUGAAGAAUUCGGAGUCCUCCCUGAAAUUGGGAAGGCGAUAGAAGAUAUGGACUGGACGUUACCAACAGAUGUACAAUCCGAAGCUAUUCCUCUAAUCCUAGGUGGAGGAGAUGUGUUAAUGGCUGCGGAGACCGGUAGUGGUAAAACUGGUGCAUUUUGCUUACCUAUUAUACAAAUAGUUUGGGAAACUUUGAAAGAUAUACAAGAAGGGAAAACUAGCAAGAUUAUAACGCAAACGUCGACAGAAUGGACUAUGUCAUUUUUCGACAGAACGGAGGCAUUAGCGGUGACUCCAGAUGGUUUGCGAUGCCAGUCCCGGGAUCAAACCGGUUGGCAUGGAUGCAGGGCCACUAAGGGUGUUCAUACAAAAGGUGCAUACUAUUAUGAAGCCAUGGUUACUGAUGAAGGCUUAUGUAGAGUUGGAUGGUCUACACAAGCAGCAAGACUAGAUCUAGGUACAGAUAGAAUGGGAUUUGGAUUUGGUGGGACAGGAAAAAAGUCCAAUGCUAAACAAUUUGAUGAUUAUGGAAGUGCAUUUGGUAAAAAUGAUGUAAUAGGUUGUAUGUUAAAUUUAAAUAAUGGUGAGAUCAGAUACACCAAGAAUGGGGAUGAUCUUGGAAUAGCAUUUAAGUUAGAUCAGUCUCGCAGAUCCGAUUGCUAUUUCCCUGCAGUUGUAUUAAAAAAUGCUGAGAUGAGUUUCAACUUUGGUUCCACACCUUUUAAAUAUCCACCACCAAAAGAUUACAUUGCAAUUUCUCAAGCUCCUAAAGAAUUUGUAAAAGUAAAUGUUGUUUCUGCUGGAGCUGCAACUGGAUCAACAAAGCCUGUCAAUAAUGCACCACAAGCCAUAAUUAUUGAGCCAUCAAGAGAAUUAGCGGAACAGACCUGUGCACAGAUAACUCUAUUCAAAAAGCAUUUAGAUAAUCCAAAAAUAAGAGAACUCCUAGUUGUGGGUGGUAUCAAUGUUAAAGACCAAAUCAAUCAGUUGAAUUCUGGCGUAGACAUUGUUGUUGGAACACCUGGGAGAUUAGAGGAUCUUAUUCAAGGAGGUUACUUGGCCCUAACUCACUGCCGGUUCUUUGUAUUGGACGAAGCCGAUGGUCUUUUAAAAGCAGGGUGUGGUGAGCUUAUUGAACGUCUUCAUAGACAAAUACCAAAAAUCACCUCCGAUGGACGUCGACUGCAAAUGGUGGUCUGUUCAGCCACGCUACACGCCUUCGAAGUGAAAAAAAUGGCGGAAAAAUUGAUGCACUUCCCAACAUGGGUUGACUUGAAAGGAGAAGAUGCUGUGCCUGAAACAGUUCACCACGUUGUCGUCAAUGUUGAUCCUCAGAAGGAUCGUUCAUGGGAGAAUCUUAAGAAGCAAAUUCAAACAGACGCUGUUCACGCAAAAGAUAAUAUCAGAAGUGGGAAUACUACUCCAGAAACAUUAUCUGAAGCUGUCAAAAUACUGAAGGGAGAAUAUUGUAUUAGAGCUAUUAAGGAACAUAAAAUGGACCGAGCUAUAAUAUUCUGUCGCACGAAAGUAGAUUGUGACAACUUGGAGCGCUAUUUAAAAUCUUUCGGCAACGAGUUAUCCUGUGUCUGUCUGCACGGAGACCGAAAACCAGCAGAACGGAAGGCCAAUUUGGAGAAAUUCAAACAGGCCCAAGUCAAGUUUCUGAUUUGUACGGAUGUUGCAGCAAGGGGAAUUGAUAUAUCAGGCUUGCCAUUCAUGAUCAACAUCACCUUACCCGACGAAAAAUCCAACUACGUGCAUCGCAUCGGUCGCGUGGGACGUGCAGAGAGAAUGGGUCUCGCUAUCAGUCUUGUUUCAACCGUUCCUGAAAAGGUCUGGUACCACGGUGAAUGGUGUUCGUCCCGCGGGCGCAAUUGCUGGAAUACGAACCUAAUAGAUGACAGACCAAAAGGUUGCUGCAUCUGGUAUAAUGAACCACAGUACCUAGCUGAUAUUGAAGACCAUCUGAAUAUAACAAUUCAGCAAGUGGACCCUGACAUGAAAGUACCAAGUAACGAGUUUGAUGGAAAAGUUGUGUACGGUCAGAAACGAACUCAGACUGGGACGGGGUAUGAAGAUCACGUCAGCCAGAUGGCGCCAGUGGUACGGUCCUUGAAAGAAUUGGAGUCUCAAGCGCAGAUUUAUUACUUAAGAGCUCAUCAUAAAGUUGCCGUCGCUUAA